AAAAAUUAAACAUAACGUAAAAUCACGAAAAGGAAAUUAGAAAUCACCACCUCCAAUUAUUUAUUUUUUUUAUUUCUAAAAAAAAAAAAAAAAUCUGAUUCCAUUUUCCACCUUCGCCUGAAAACCCUACAAAUACAUCUUCUUCUUCUUCCUCCCUGUCUACACCCAUGUUGCCCUAAUUACGAUCCUCUCGGUUCUCAAUGCUCAGAUUUUCCCUCAUCUGAGAUCUCCUCGAAUCGAUUGGGUUCGUUUCGUGGAUUCUGGGUUUUCAUUUCCGUGGGUUCUAUCAAGGAAUGUCGCUCUUGCCGAAAUCCGAUUCGAUUCAUAUUCGCGAGGUUUGGGAUGGAAAUCUAGAGGACGAGUUCGCUUUAAUUCGAGAAAUCGUGGAUGAGUAUCCUUACGUUGCUAUGGAUACGGAGUUUCCCGGAAUCGUUCUCCGUCCAGUGGGAAAUUUCAAGAACAGUUACGACUUCCAUUACCAGACUUUGAAGGACAACGUUGAUAUGUUGAAGUUAAUUCAAUUGGGUUUAACAUUUUCCGACGAAGAUGGUAACUUACCCACUUGCGGAACAGAUAAGUAUUGCAUUUGGCAAUUCAAUUUCCGCGAAUUCAAUGUCAAUGAAGAUGUUUUCGCCAACGAUUCGAUCGAGCUUUUGCGCCAAAGCGGUAUUGAUUUCAUGAAGAACAACGAAAAUGGCAUUGAUGUUAAGCGAUUUGGGGAGCUUCUAAUGUCAUCUGGGAUUGUGUUGAAUGACAAUGUUCAUUGGGUAACUUUUCAUAGUGGGUAUGAUUUUGGGUACUUGCUUAAGCUCUUAACUUGCCAGGAUUUACCAGAAACCCAAUUAGGGUUCUUCAACUUAAUCAACAUGUACUUCCCAACAGUUUAUGAUAUCAAACACUUGAUGAAGUUCUGUAACAGCCUUCAUGGUGGAUUGAACAAGCUAGCUGAGUUGUUGGAAGUGGAAAGAGUUGGCAUAUGUCAUCAGGCAGGUUCGGAUAGUUUGCUUACUUCUUGUACAUUCAGGAAACUUAAAGAGAACUUCUUUAGUGGUUCUAUGACGAAAUAUGCUGGUGUUUUGUAUGGAUUAGGAGUUGAGAAUGGACAGAAUAUUACUCAGCCUUACUGAAUUUGUGUGUGAAAAACCAAAAAACAGAAAAACAAAAAAUCUUUAUAAGAUUAGAAAGCCUGUGAAUUCAUUUUCAUAUUUCUUUGCUUCUCCCUCAUAUAUCCAUGUUUACUAAUGUCUGCUUUAUUUAUGAGAAAAGAAAGUUAUACUUCUACUA